AUGAAUACCCAAAAUCCUCCUCGCACACCUUCACCGCCGUCAUCUGCACCGGAUCCAGCCAUGUGGGUUCCUCCAACCCCUCGCUAUGCACCAAUUGAUGAGCCCGAUAACUUCCCUGGAAUUUCUAAAUCCUAUAUUGCCAAAUCGCGUCAACUUGAAGAAGCUGCUGCUGCUCAAUCUUCUCAACGUUCUUCCAAACUCCUUACUCGCACACCGGCUCAACAGAUUGUUGAUAGAAGGCAUCGGAGGCAUGUCUCAGGUGAAGCUUCGCCCUGGGGUCACAAUAUGAGUGUGAUGAAGGGUCCCUCUGCUCUUUACUUUCCCCUUACUCCAGAACAAACACCUGCUCGCAAGAAGAAGCGACAACUUGAUACCAUUCAGCGCACAACCUCUAGUUCUUCCUCUGUGGAAUCCACCGCAAGUACUUCCACCACACAGUUUCGUAACACCAGUCAGACUCAUUCUUCUGGUAGAAUAAUAUUCCCUCCAAACACAAAUAUAGCUGGAAGUGGGCGCUCAUACCAUCGUCCACGACCAGUUUUGGCACUUGCGAAACCAUCUGAUCAAAUCGUUGUUGAUUCUUCGCAUUCGGAAACUAUUUCUUUGACAAGAAAUGUUAACAUUGGCAGUAAUCAAGUAGCAUCAACUCCAUCAUUAUCAUUAUCAUCACCAUCACAAUCACAUCUCCAACUGCAUGAAUCCACCAGUACCUUAUCGACUCCAAGACAAAAAGCAGAUACAUCUGUAUGCAGAGUGCCAUCUCCUUUACGUCAAGAUCAUUUAUCUCCUCGCAAGCGUCAGAUCCAAGAACAAAACAAUCAACAAUCACAACAACAAACACAUUUUCAAAUUUUCCAUGAUAUGCAGCAUUCUUCCACUAAUUCACAUUCUCAGAUCAAACCCGCAAGUCCGGCAAAAAAGACACAAAAUGCAUUUGUUUCUAAGCUUUUGCUUUCUGCGAAAAAAUCUAAAAUUACACCAAAUAACAAGGAUCUGUCUUUUAUUUCAACUUUGGCUGCUCCAGGUCUCUCUAAAAAGAUUAAGGACAAUGACAUUUUCACCAAAAACGUGAAGAGAGGAGUUGACAAGGCUGAAUAUGACACAGAUGGUAUCCCAAAGGGUCUUUUGGACGAAGUGGAUGCUGAGGACGAAGAAUAUUACAAAAACCAUCCUCACCACCCUGUUGACUAUUCAACUGUUCCAGGAAUGUGGUGUGUAUUUCGUGGGAAAAAAGUCUUCAGACCUUUUCCUGAAGGUGACCCUAAGUGUAAUAAGAUUACACCCUGCGUUCUAUUCCCCAAGAAAGAUUCACGCUCUCUUGAGGAAUCAUGUACACCUAUUCCUCAGCGACGUGAAUCCCAAUCUCCUGUGGCUGUAGCUGCUGCUACAUCUAGCUCUCUACACAGCCCUAGUUCCACCCCUAUGAUUCCCCUUUCUCCAUUUCCACGUGUUGAAUCUUCCAACAGAAGCAGAAAAAGGUCGAUGAGCCCAGCGCUCUCGCUGCACGAGGACGACGAUCUGGGUCUCCCGGUUUCUAUUGUUUCGGGCUCAGCAUCAGUAGUGCCGCAAUUAACUUCUUCUUCUUCUGUUUCACCAUCAUCGUCAUCCCCUCCAAAGCGCAGACGCUUGAUGGUGCCUUCACCAUCUUCCACAGAACGUAUCACCCGGUCUAAAAGUCUUUUGAUGGCACAAAAGCAAUUUCAAGGAACAUUUUUACCUCCACCGAUAUCAGCUCCUGCUGCUGCAGGCUCUCGUUCUUUGACAGCAACUGUCUCAGUAACUGAUUUGGAAGACGAAAUGACUGACCAUGAAGACAGUGCACCACUUGUCGGCACAGUGACUCCCCGCAAAAGUUCGUCCAUAGAUUCUGUAAUGACUGUUUCUUCUACCCAUGGCAUUUUGGCGGCAGCUACAGUUUCUCUUCUUCAACCUUCAGCCUCUGCACCUAACACUCAGCAUCAUCAACACUCUCAUCACCAUCAGACUCCUCAUACUCCACGCACAAGCAUAAAUCGGAAUCCGAGGUUUUUCAGAUGA